AUGGGCACCACGGCAGUGAUCACACCUUCUCUUGUUUGGGGGCUGCUAAGUUGCUGUUUCCUCUGCAGCUGGGCUCUGGGGAGCCAAAGGUCCUCCCGCUCUCUGCCUCCACUACCUUCUCAAGCCAAGCCAGGACCUGGGCCCACGUGGAAGCCCCCACAGAGGGCUAAAGCAGCCCUGAAUUUUCUCUACUCUGGAGAUGUUCAGCAGCUGUCAGGGGCUAAUUGUAGUGAGAGUUAUGAAGUCCUUGAAACAGAAGGCAGUGUGGGGAUCCCCCCAGUCCUACAGAGAGCAGCGGGCACCCUGGCCCAGGCUGCCAAUUUUCUCAACAUGCUUCUACAAGCCAACGACAUCCGGGAGUCGAGUGUGGAAGAGGACAUUGAGUGGUACCAGGCUCUUGUCCGAAGUGUGGUAGAGGGGGACCCAAAAGCCUACAGGGCUUUACUGACCUUUAACCCUCCACCAGGGGCCAGCCACCUUCAGCUGGCCCUGCAGGCCACCCGGAUGGGGGAUGAGACCAUCCUCCGGGACCUCUCUGGGAACAAGGUACAGGAAGAAAAUCCAGAAGAGGACCUGGACAGCCCUGUCCUACAGAAGCGAGUACUGACCAAUGAUCUAAGGAGUCUUGAAAGCCCCAAGUGGCCACGGGGGGAUGGGUACGUGGGGGACAUACAACAGGUGAAGCUGUCUCCUCCCUUCCUGGAAUGCCAUGAGGGCCAGCUCCGUCCUGGCUGGCUAGUCACAGUCUCAGCCACAUUCUAUGGUCUCAAGCCAGACCUCACCCCAGAAGUCAGGGGCCAGGUGCAGAUGGACAUCGACCUCCAAAGCGUGGACAUCAAUCAGUGUGCAAGUGGCCCAGGCUGGUACUCCAACACCCACCUGUGUGACCUCAACAGCACUCAGUGUGUCCCCCUGGAGAGGCAGGGUUUUGUCCUUGGCCGCUAUCUCUGUCGCUGCCGACCUGGAUUCUACGGGGCUAGCAGUUCUGGGGGAUUAGAAGAGAGUGCAACUCAGACUGCUGGGCAAUUCGGGUCCCCUCAAGGCAGCUUAGGGAAGCUGCUGAGAUGCUGGCCAUGUCCUGAGGGCUGCACUAGCUGUCUGGAUGCCACGCCAUGCCUGGUAGAGGAGGCCCUGGCACUGAGAACGGCAGUGCUGGCCUGCCAGGCCUGCUGCAUGCUGGUAGUCUUCCUGAGUAUGCUGGUCGCCUACCGUUGCCGCAGGAGCAAGAGGAUCCGGGCAUCUGGAAUCUUCCUGCUGGAGACCAUCCUUUUUGGAUCCUUACUUCUCUACUUUCCUGUCUUCAUCCUGUACUUCAAGCCCAGCGUGUUCCGCUGCAUCGCUCUCCGCUGGGUCCGGCUGCUGGGUUUUGCUGUCGUCUAUGGGACCAUUAUACUGAAGCUGUCUAGGGUGCUCCAGCUGUUUCUGUCUCGAACAGCCCAGCGAAGCCCACACCCAAGUAGUGGGCAGCUGCUGCAGCGCCUGGGACAGCUCCUGUUGUUGGUAUUGGGUUUCUUGGUCGUGUGGACAGCUGGUGUCCUGGAGCCAGGCAUCCAGCACACGCCUCUGGUGACCCGAGGCCACACGCCCACCGGCCGCCACUUCUACCUCUGUCACCACGACCACUGGGACUACAUCAUGGUUGUGGCGGAAAUGCUGCUGCUGUGUGGGGGCAGUUUCCUCUGCUACGCCACCCGGGCUGUCCCCUCAGCCUUCCAUGAACCACGGUACAUGAGCAUCGCCCUGCACAAUGAGCUCCUGCUCUCUACUGUCUUCCACACGGUCAGGUUUGCGCUGGUUCCUUCCCUGCACCCAGACUGGACCCUUCUCCUCUUCUUCCUCCAUACCCAUAGUACAGUCACGGCCACGCUAGCUCUGCUCUUCAUUCCAAAGUUCUGGAAGCCAGGGGCGCCUCCCCGAGAGGAGAUUUUGGAUGAGGUCUAUGAAGAUGAGCUGGGCCUGCAGCGCUCAGGCUCCUACCUCAACAGCAGCAUCGCCUCAGCCUGGAGCGAGCCAAGUCUGGACCCAGGGGAUAUUCGGGAUGAGCUGAAGAAGCUCUAUGCCCAGCUGGAGGUCUGCAAGACCAAGGAGAUGACUGCUAAUAACCCCCACCUGCCCAAGAAGCAGAGCAGCUCACGCCAGGGACUGGGGCGCUCCUUCAUAAGGUACCUGGCUGAGUUCCCAGAGGCCCUGGCUAGGCAGCACUCCCGGGACUCUGGCUCCCCAGGCCACAGCAGCCUGCCAGGCUCUUCUCGACAGAGGCUUCUCAGCUCCAGCCUUCAAGAAACUGAGAAGCCACCAGCUCUGCGCAAGACCCGCAGCACAUAUGAUCACCACAGGGAGCAUAACACACCCCUCCUUGACUCCACACUGAGGAGGACCCUAUCCAAGAAGGCCUCACCAUCAGAGGGUCAAGCAGAGGGGCCCACAACCCUGGGCUUCAGGUCUGCCAGUGCUCACAACCUGACCGUAGGAGAAAGGCUCCCCAGAGCCAGGCCCAUUUCCCUGCAGAAGUCACUGAGUGUUGUGUCUGGCUCCAGAGAAAGGGCUCUGCUUGUGGCCAGUCAGGCCUACCUGGAGGAAACCUAUCGACAAGCGAAAGAGAGAGAGGAGAGAAAGAAAGCUGAGGCAGCCACAGUGAGCCCAGCGCCAAGCCCAGUGCUGAGCCCAGUGCUGAGCCCAGCACGCAGGCCAUCCGCCAGGAGGUUGGAGAGGCCUCUGAGGGCUCCUCUGUCAGCCCCGCCAUCCCCUGCCAAGAGCAGCAGCCUCGACAGUUCUCGUACCCCGGGGAGGCCUCAAGAGGAGGCUGGGAGAAGGCUACCUCACCCACCCAUCCGGCACCAGGUCUCCACACCCAUCUUGGCUCUGUCUGGGACCUGCCUGGGAGAGCCAAGAAUGUUGUCUCCCACUCCAGCCUCCACGUUGGCUCCUGUUCUGUUGCCAACCCUGGCCCCAACCUCUACCCCUGUCCUGGCACCAGUCCCAUUGUCCCCCCAAAGUCCUCCCCCACUCACUUUCAUCUGCCCCUGGGAGAACGCAGAACUGCCAGGCAAGAAAGAAAAUGUGGUCCAGGAAGGUCCCACGGGGUCAGAGCAAAGCAGCCACCUACCUGCCUCAGCUCGAACCAGGAUCUGGAGGGCGCUCUCUGUGGCAGUGGAGAAAAGGGGGGCUGGGGAGAGUGAGAGGACCACCGAGGAUGGACAUGUCCAGGGGGAAGAUGACGUGGAUGAGGACAAGCCCAAAGUCUUCUCAAAAUCCCACAGCCUCAAGACCCCUCUGCAGCAGGGCUCCGUGCGCAGCCUGGGCCUGGCCAUCAAAGCUCUCACCCGUUCUAGGAGCACCCACAAAGAGAAAGAGGGUGGGGAGGACAGGCCUGAGACUGAGAAGGGAAAGCCUACAGGGGUGAGCAUGGGGGCUCCACCCCGAUCUCCCAGGCUAGGCCGGCCCAAGGCAGUGAGCAAACAGGCUGCCCUUAGCCCCUGUGAAGAUGAGGAGUCCCUCCAGAACCAACAGAAUGCUCACACCAGCAAAAUGCUCCACAGCUGUCACAGAGAGGGCAGCAGAGGACAGGACGAUAGGAACAAGAGGGCAUCACAGGGCCCAGGGGAGCAAAGAGUUGAGAGAACUGGUAAGCUAGGGCUUGCUACACCGAGGCAAGUUUUUGGGGACAAAAAUACUGAACAAGCGAAGGAAUCCUCUGUGGGUGAACAUGAGGCACUCAAUACUGCCCUCCAGCCCCUAGGCAGUGCUGACCACAGGGUGGCAGAGGUAUGCCCCUGGGAAGUACCUCACUCAGGAAUGUCCCAGUCAGAGAGUAGCAACAAGGCCACAGUCUGCCCCUGGGAGGGGACUGAAGGAAACCUUGUGAGGAUGCCACCAAUACCAGUUCUAAGUAGUUCCUGGGAAGAGAGGGAGAAAGCCUCAGAGGAAUCAGAGCCCAGGGGUGUGGGAGCCAUUACUGGGAGAAAGCCAGAGAGGCUGAUCCGGAGCCAGGAGGCAGUGUGUCCUUGGGAAAGUACUGACCCCAGAGGUCUGCCUCCUCAGUUGGCCCAUCGGGAUUCUGACAGAACCCAGAGCAAGUCUGCAGUAGUGGGCAGUCCAGAGGGUCUUCUACCUGAGGCUGCCAAGGCUGAGCUGUGUCCCUGGGAACUGAGUGAUAUCGGGGAGGGGAUCUUGGCCCAGAGAGUGAAGGAACUCCCUGAAGAAAGGCAGAAAUCCCCCAAGAAGGCAACUCUCUGGAGAGAACAGAAUCUGGGCAGAGACCUGGUGUCUCUCUGUCCUUGGGAAAGUACCGAUUUUCGGGGUCCCUCGGCAGUCUCACUUCAAGCCCCAGGAAGCUCAGGGAGUUCGGGCAGUGGUACUGCAGAGGUCUGCCCAUGGGAGACCUCUAAUGAGAAGAAAGCUGAGGUCUGCCCAUGGGAACUGGGAGCAGGCACAGACACACUGUAUCAGGAAGGAGAUGGGGAGACCGCUUCCAGAAAGGGGUACUCAGGAAAGAUGGGGGAGCAAACUGCGAGGGCAAAGGCUACAGCCCAUCCAGGGCAGGAGUCGGUGUGCCCCUGGGAGGAUGCAGCCCCUGAGCAGUCCAGCCCACAUCCAGACAGCUCCUCCUCCAAGGCUGGUGGGCAGUUCCUAAGCAGUGGGGCCAGCCAGGCCUUGCAAGUGUGUCACCAGGAAGAGCUCAAGCCAGAAGAAAAGCAGGCGAAGCCUUCAGCAGCAGAAGUCUGUCCCUGGGAAGUAGAUGGGAGAACCGGGAACAGGACAUCAGAACACACACCAAAAAGAGGAGAAUUUCAAAAAGACGGGGAAAAAAUACCUGGAAAAGCAAGAAUCCAAACAUGGGAAAAGACUGAGAGGCAGAUCCAAAAGCAGGAAGCAAUCUGCCCCUGGGAGAGCACGGACCCUGGCAGCACCCCACAAAAAGACACAGAGAAAUCCCAAGCCAUUCUCCAGAGGCAAGGCAGUACGGGAGGCAAAGCUGCUGAGAUCUGCCCAUGGGACAUGGAGGAGAGCCUGACAGCUGAGAAGGCCAAGAUCUGUCCCUGGGAAGUGGGUGCUGGCGCCGGAGAGGAGAGGACUGUGGGAGCUGGAGCCUCUGAGAUCUCUCUGAAUGACACAGGCCAGACUUCUGCAGAUUCUGGACCCAGGCAGAUUGCGGCUACUACUCCAAAUAAGUCAGAGAAGCCAGGCCUGGAGAAGGAGGCGGUCUGUCCCUGGGACAGUGUAGGUCCAGAGGACUCCUGUCAGCAGCCAGACACUCUGAGCACUGAGAAACCAAAAGUUGGGCUCCAGGACGGUGGCUCCAGGCCAAUAGAAGUGUGUCCCUGGGAAGUAGAGGAAGUUCUUAUCAGUGAAAAAGCCAAGAUCUGUCCCUGGGAUGUGAAUGAGGGAACCAGGGUGAAAGGCAUGGAGCAAGAGACAGAGAGUGAGCCAGUGAAGGAAGGACCAAAGGAUCUGGAAAAGGUGGUAGCCCAGGUCACCGAGGUCUCAGACUUGCCCAGCAGCAUCAGCCGUCAGGUCGCAGAGGGGCAGUCCUCGGAAGCAAGUGACAGGGCGACAGAUAUGGGAGUCCUGAGGGAAGACCCGAAGACGGGUUCCCUCCCAGAACACACAAUCCAAGGAAAAGCUGCAGCUUUGAAAUCACAGUUCCUGGUGGAUGGGGGAGAAACAAGCAAGGAGCUCCAGUCUGUCUGUCCGUGGGAGAGCAUGGGGCCACCAAGCUCUUCCCUCCACCCACACGGUCAGUGCCCUGACCAACCUGGAGCCAGCUGCCAGACACUGGUCAGUACUGGCAGAAGGGUUGCUGAAGUGUGCCCAUGGGAUGCUCCUAUCCCAGAACAGAAUGAACCUGACAGUGACACCAAGGUUGAGCUCUGUCCCCGGAAGGUGACUGAGAGAAUUAUGGAGCUACAGACAACAGGCCUGAAUGAAAAGGAGGACUCUCAAGAGGAGCAAGAAAGGGCCCCUGAAAAACCAGAGCACAAAGGGGUAGCAGUUGAGGAAACGUCACAGAUCAGCGGCCUUGGGAAGCAGGAAGCUAUGUGUCCCGGGGAAAGUCAGGAUUUGGGGGUACAACCAGCCACAGGUGCUUCUGAUGGAAGCAAAGGCGGUUCUGAGAAAGUGGGCUCUGUGGGGUCCAGGGAAGCAGAAGUGUGUCCUUGGGAAGUAGAAGAGGGUCCCUCUGCUAAGAAAGCAGAGAAGAUCUGUCCUUGGGAAACAAGUUCAGGAGCAGUGGUGGAGGGGGCACUGGACCAGGGGCAGGAUGGAGAGUCACAGGGGGCUGGAGGGGCUGAAGGAUGCUUUUUAUCUGCUGCAGAGGCAGUCUAUCCCUUGGAAGGCGCAGAGUCAGUAGAGCUCUUCCCUGAGGCAGACACCCUGGACACAGACCACCGUAAGGUCAGCCCCCAUGGAGCAAGCAGCCCAGCGAAAAGGCCUGCAGAACUAUGUCAAUGGGAAGUCACAGACCCAGAAGGAAAUAAAAUCAAGGGCACCAUGGCAGAUAUCUGUCCAUGGGAGGAAACCAGAGCCCCAGCUGAUGAAUCUGGCCUCCUGGCUUUACCGACAACCCAGAGAGAUGUCCCUGCUGCUCCUGAGAAAUCACUCUGCCUCUCUGUACACAGACCUUUGGAGAGCUUUGUUCCAGUGAGCAAGAGCGUCCGCCCAGAAGUGAGCAAGCCACCCAGUGCUUUUCUUCUGGAAGGUGUCAGAGAACAAGGACCUUUGGGACUUGAGCCCGGAGCCAAGUCAGCUCCAGAGCCAAGUCUCGAAGAAGUGGAGGCUCCAAAGUCUUCCUCCUUAACUGAAGACCAAGGACAAAUGGCUUCUGAAACUCAAGAUGGAGAACUUAGCCCUCCACCUGCUUAUCCUUGGGAGUGUGAAUGACACCACCAUAGAGAGGUUAGAGUUCUUUCGGGACAUAUCCCACGUUCCAGUUCCCAAAGAGCUAACUCAAAGACUACAGACACUUGGCCACUCCUCUCCCCAAGAGGCCAGAAGGCAAUUCAUUCAAAAGGAACUGUACAAGAGGGGUGCAGUUUGGGCCCUAAGGGACAGCCCAUCCUCUCUAUUUCUCUUUCCGCUUGAGGAAACAAAAGCUGGACCCUCCCCUUCUAAAGAAUCCUGCUAUUUGUCCAGUGUAACUGACCCAAGCCAUUCAAGUAUGAACUCUCACUUAAACGAAGCUUACCCAAGGCAGCAAAGAACUAAGUCACACAAGGCAGUGGCAAUUGGGGAACUGUGGGGGAGAGAAGGCUAUAGAACCAUGUAAUUCAGGAUGAAAGGCAGGGCUAGAAUACGGCUCAGUGGUUAGGAGCAUGCACUGCUCCUGCAUAGGACCUAAGUUUUGUCCUCCACACCCAGUCAAGCGGCUUACAACCACAGUAGCUCCGGCUCUAGGGGAAUCCUCCAGUUUCUUCUUCUGGUCUCUGAGGUCACCGACAUUCAGUACACAUAUCACCAAAUAGACAGAAUAGACAGACAGAUAAACAUACACAUAAAUUUAAAAAAAUUAUUUAAAAGAUGAAAGAUAAACCGGGCAGUGGUGGUGCACGCCUUUAA